UCCCUAAUCGUUAGUGUACAGUUGUCAUGGCGCUAAGGAGUAAACCGCAGAUAUUAAUUCUUCUGAAUAAUUUUUCAACUGACGAUGACAAAAUGAUGUGUUCGUUUGUUUGAUUCUCUCUUGAAAGGAUCUCUUAAGUGAUAAGAAACAAGACCAGGCUGAAGUUAAAAACAAGACUCUACAAAUAAUGUAUCCUGCGCUGCCAGCAAUAAUCAUAACAAGUUUGCCAUGAAGAGAACAAAAUGUUGAUGUAGAUCUAAGUAUGUUGCGAAAAAGAAGAGCCACAGAUUGAUGCAUUACUACAGCAGUUAUCAUCUACUUCUGGAUCGACUUCCAAGUAACAAUGCCUGGUGGUAAACCCCGCCUCGUUGUCUGUUACAUCUGUGGCCGCGAGUACGGUACACGCUCCAUUGAGAUCCACGAACGUGAGUGCAGCAAAAAGUGGCAAGCAGAGAACGAUCGUCUGCCUCGUGACAAGCGACGCCCCGGUCCUCCUCAAAAACCAAAUAUCCUCCCAGGGAUCUCAAAAGGAAGCAGUGGUUCGGACUUGAAUCGGUUUAAUGAGGCGGCGUACCAGACUUCACAGGCGCAGCUUCUCCCAUGCUCAAAAUGCGGCAGGACUUUCCUUCCAGAGAGAGUUAAAAUUCACGAGAAGACUUGUCCGGCUGGGAGAGCGUUUGCCGGUCAAACAUCUGGGGUGAGGACCCAGUCAAGAGUGGAUUCUAGAGGGAUGGAAGAAAGGGGAGAUGUGUCAAAAUCGUGGGGUGGAACGGAUGAUCAGUGUGAUGGGGAUUAUCCUCCUCGACCAAGUACAGCAACGUUAGUCCGGCCUAGCACUGUGACCUUAAAGCAGAGGAAACUUGUGACGGUUGAUAAUGACUUGAGACGUGGCACCCCAAGUAGUGAGACUCCUUCUAAUGAGCUGUCGAGUCCUGAUGCACCGAUUGAUAAAAUAAAGAAACCUAGACCAAAGAGUGCCAAACGAGGGCGCCAGUCCGAUGCCGCUGGUCAGCCUUACCUCCAGUCUGGUACUUUGGCAUCCCAAGGUUCUGCCCCUCCUCAGAGUCCAGGUGCACUUUAUAAGCCGAGACCUCCUUCUAACGCCCGACCUACACCGCCUCAAAAGGCUUCUUCAAAAUCAAACCCCAUGAGAGGCAAACCAGCCACCGUUGUAUGCUACAUUUGUGGACGAGAAUUCGGUUCAAAAUCAAUCUCAAUUCAUGAACCGCAGUGCCUUGAAAAGUGGAAGAUUGAAAACAACCAGCUGCCAAAGCACAUGCGUCGUCCUCCGCCCAGAAAACCUCUCGGAAUAGGCCAAUCGGUUGCAGGUCCAGAGGAUUAUAACCAAGCUGCUCAACAAAGUGCCAAUUCACAGUUGCUUCCUUGUGAGAAUUGCGGUCGAACCUUUCUACCCGAUCGCUUGGCGGUACAUCAGCGUUCUUGUGGUCCGCCCGGAACCAGAGGUGGAAGCAGUUUGGCUUCUCAGCAGACAUCAAGUCCAAAGAAUUUCAACAACACUGGGAAACCGCGCACAGUCGUUUGCUAUAUUUGCGGGCGUGAAUUCGGCAGCAAAUCUCUUCCGAUCCAUGAACCACAGUGUCUUCAGAAAUGGAAGAUUCAGAACCAGCAGUUGCCGAGGGAACUCAGACAGCGUGUUCCAAAGAAGCCUGAAAUAUUAGGAACGCCAACUGGGAAAUUGUCAGCAGAGACAAUAAAUGAGGCAGCGUGGCAGGCACAUAAGGCAAACCUUGUACCUUGUGAGAACUGUGGACGCACCUUUGCAACUGACAGGAUUGUAAAACACACAACUAGCUGUCGUGCUCAGGGGAAAACAGGGAGAAAAACUUCGCUAUCAACAUCAACAUCAGGGAAUGUCAGACCCCCACGGGUGACAAAGACACCAGUCAUCAGACGACCACAGACUAUCAUCUGUUACAUCUGCAGCCGAGAGUUCGGAUCCAAAUCCAUUUCAAUCCACGAACCACAGUGUCUGCAGAAAUGGCACAUAGAGAACGAGCGACUUCCUAAGAAGUUACAGCGAACAGAGCCGGUCAAACCCCAAGUCAGGAUGCUAAAAGGAGGAUCGGGUCAGUAUAACAUCGAUGAGCUAAACGACGCAGCGUGGCAGGCUUCUCAGGCUAAUCUAGCUCCAUGUGAUUACUGCGGAAGAACGUUCCUACCAGAUAGACUGUUAGUCCACCAGAAAUCAUGCAAGCCAAAGAAAUGAUAAGAUGAGGGUUGUAGCUAGACCAAUAUAGGUGGUGGGCUUUCAAUCCAGUCCACCAAGGGCAAAAGUAUCCAUGUUUAAUUAUGGGACCAUCGUUGCUUAAGUGCAAGCUUCAGACAUGAUGCCAGGUUUCCAAACUGUACAUGUUAUGGGUCCGUGCAAUAAGUUGAAUGGUCUUUUUGCCUGUGUUCUUUCUCUAUGACAUGUCUCUACUCCUUUAUCAUUAGCUGUGUCUCAGAUCAAUGCACAGUGGGCAAUAUUUUGAUUUACUCUAGGGGGAAUUCUGUACUGGGCGGCACCAGUGUUGUCUCGGUCUCCCCACCGUCUCAAGACCUUUUUUGGUGUCUCUGUUUUGGUCUCGGUCUUGGACUGGGAGGUCUCGACUACAACACUGGGGGGGCACAAUGUAUUUUGCCCAGAGGUGUGGGCAAAAAUUGCGAGUCCUUGGCGGGGUCGCCCAGCACUGCCACUGUGGCUACAACACUUGAUACAAUAAACAAGGAGUGAUUUUGUGCGGCAAUUUUGCCUAGCAAAAAAAAAUUGGACUGAAACUGUUUAGUGCCCACUGAAUGCUAAUGCUGACCUUUCUAUAGCAACGUCACAGGCCGAUAUUUUGCCAACAGAGGUUAAAAAACUAUGGAAAGCCAAAAGUGCAGAUAACUGCUGUUUGUAACAAAAGACACAAAUACUCAAACAUAGUGUUUGCUUUGUUGGAAACAAUGGGAUGUAUUUUAUUUAGUUGAAAGUUUGCAGACAAUAUUUACCAAAUGUGUCCAGUGCCUCUAAUACCUAAAGUCAAACAACUCGUUUAACAACACUUUUCAUAGACCUAUUUCCCAUAUUGUGUGUAUCUUUUAAAGCAGAGAUUCAUCUUUAAAGACUUGUCACAGGGCAAUUUUUUACUGACAACUUUUAGGCAACCAGUUGCACUGCUCUGUAUGCAAAAUGAACACUUUCUGUAUGCAUAAGUAACAUUUCGGCAGUGCAAGGUGACACCAACUGCACUGCUCCCUUUAUGCAAAAGGACACUUCUUCUUGCAAAAAUAAAAAACUUUGGCAGUACAAAUUACAUGUAAAGUCAACUGAAGUGGACCCAGUUUUAUAGCACGCUAAACACAAAAAUUUGCUUAGCAUGAAAUUGCUCCCUUUAUAAAAACAGGAAAUGCCAACCAA